AUGACUUACUGCCCACCCCAGGACUGUAUUCCCGAUAUAUGCCCACGCCCAUAUAUUGACGUCCGCAACGAGCCGUGUAUCUCAUCAUGUGGAGAUUCGACUGCAGUGGUCUAUGCGCCACCAGUUGUUGUGAACUUCCCAGGACCAACUAUGGCUACUUGUCCUCAAGACAGCUUCGUAGGAAGCUCCUUACCAAAUAUGCCAAUUAGAGCUGGGGGCUCAUAUGGUUCCGGUGGAGGUUUCAGUGGCUCAAUCGGUUCCAGGGGUAGUUAUGGUGCUGGUUUUGGGGGAGGUUACGGUGGUGGUUUUGGAGGAGGUUACGGUGGUGGUCAUGGGGGAGGUUACGGUGGUGGUUUUGGGGGUGGACUCAGGUAUGGUUAUGGAGGCUCAUAUGGCUAUGGGGGCCCAUGCGGUUAUGGCAGGAGGUCACAACGUAGCAUUACUGUUUCUGGGGGAGGAUAUUCUGGGUCCGGCUAUGGAAAUUGUGGGCCAUGUUAA